UUACAGCACUUUUAGGUCUAUAUCUUUAUAAAACAGUGGUGAGGUUGCUAACAGCUGAUAGCUAGCUAGAGCUGGUGAUCAUAACAGCUUGAAACAGCAUCAUUUCCUCACAUGCUGCUGAUCACUGAACGGCUCAGCUCUUCUUUAUUUGAGCCAUGAUGCCUCUCAGCUACCACUGUUAAAUCAUAUCAUAGAUCCUACUAGCCCGCUAUGUUGAAUUGAUGUAGUACGUGAUGAUUGUGUGUUGAUGCCUCAAACAAGAGGAUCAGGACAGAGGGAGUGAGUUUAUUGCCUUCACUUGGUGGAUAUCUCACUGCCCUGGACAUGAUGGGCCCACGGCGAAAGGUGACCAGGACUCAUAGUUUCGGGGGAGGAACAUUUAGCUCUCUUGGACAUGAGGAACCUAAAGACUAUAUCAACGAGCUCUCACAUGAGGUGCUCUGCCACAUAUUCCGAUACUUACCCAUGCAGGACAUAAUGUGUAUGGAGUGUCUGUCACGGAAACUGCGGGAGGCGGUGACUCUGUACUUGCGGGUGGUGAAGGUUGUGGACCUUUGUGCCAGCCGGUGGUGGGAGUACAUGCCCUCAGGUUUCACAGACUCCAGUUUCCUCAUGCUAAUGAAGAAGAUGCCUGAUUUGGAGCAGCUUUAUGGUCUUCAUCCACGUUAUUUAGAGAGAAGGAGGGUCAGAGGUUAUGAGGCCUUCAGCAUUCCUGGUGUUUUGGAGGCUCUACAGGCCUGUCCCAACCUUAUAGGUGUGGAGACAUCGCAUUUGGAGCUGGUGGAGGCGAUAUGGAACUACAUGCCUCAGGUUCACAUUCUAGGGAAGUUCAGGAACAGAAACGGGGCGUUUCCUAUACCCUCAGAGAACAAACUCACUAUUCCAGCUGCAGCUAAAAUCCAGACUCUCCAUCUUGUUGGUGUCAAUGUGCCGGAGAUCCCCUGUCUGUCCAUGCUCAGGCAUCUGUACCUGAAAUGGGUGCGCCUCACAAAGCCUCAGCCCUUCAAAGUCUUUCUCUGUGUGAAUUUGCGUACGUUCGUCAUGAGGAACUGCGCUGGUCCCACUAAUUCUCUGAAGUAUGUGCCUCUUGUCACCGGUCUGGCCUCUGCCCGCAACCUAGAGCAGCUGGAGCUGGUGAGGGUGCCCUUUUUGGGUGGACUGAUUCAGCAUGUUGUGGAGGAUAGCUGGAGGUCAGGAGGGUUCCGUAAUUUGCACACAAUUGUAUUUGGUGCCUGUAAAAAUGCACUUGAAGUGGAUCUGGGCUACCUCAUCAUUACUGCUGCUCGCAGGUUGCAUGAAGUUCGAAUCCAGCCUUCCUUAACCAAAGAUGGGGUGUUCUCCGCACUGAAGAUGGCUGAACUGGAGUUCCCUCAGUUUGAGACUUUGCACCUUGGAUAUGUUGAUGAAUUUCUGUUGCAAUGUAACAUGAGCCAUGCAGAGUUAGUCAAAUACGGUCUUGCUGAUGUAAUCGAGAAUCCAGGAAUCAUCACAGACAUAGGAAUGAAGGCUGUUAAUGAGGUGUUUACCUCCAUCAAGUAUCUGGUCAUUUAUAACUGUCCACAUCUUCACAAUCCACACAACUGGAUCACAGACCACUCACGCUGGAGUCGACUGGUGGACCUCACUCUAGUGCGCUGUCAUGCUCUCAAGCUGGAGUCGUUCAGUCAGUUCAUUGAGAUGCUUCCCAGCCUGGAAUUCAUCUCUCUGGACCAGAUGUUUCGUGAACCUCCCAAGGGCUGUGCCCGUGUCGGACUCAGUGCAGGCACGGGUAUCGGAGUUUCGUCUGCCCUGGUCAGCAAUCAGAAUUCCAACAAUGAUAAUGACAACAAUAACAACAACAAUCACCAGAACAAUAACGAUGCAAACAUACCACCAAAUAACAACAACGAACAGGUCGAAGAUGUGCCUCAGCAGCACCACCAUAGACCAGAGGAGAUUCCCGAUGUUGAGGGCAUGGUGCCAGACAACAUGGAGCCUGAGCCAGUUCUUGUGGCUUCCAACCCAGAUAAAGAGACCCAAGGUUCCAGCCAGACUACUAAUCCUUCACUUGAACAGGAUGAAGAACAAGCAGGACCUAGUGGAGUUCAAACUGCAGUGAAGAAACAGUCGGUGGUGCUUUCAGACUCAGACAGUGAGGAUGAGUAUAGUCCAAUCAGGACGCCGGCUGCCGCCCCCUCUCAAGGCCAGUACCCUGAGACAGAAGGCCAGGGGAAGAGCAGUACAGCUGUGACUCCACAUGGUAAAGGGAAAACUCCACUGCGUAGACAUGGACCGCAACCUCAGGAGCUCAGUUGUGAGAAAGGCUGCCAGGUGACCAGCGAGCAGAUCAAGGCUGACAUGAAGGCGGCCAUUGAGACGGCUGAGCGUGGGGCCAGAGACAGAAACAGUGGGCCCGGGUCUGCUUCAGGCUACGCUGCCGGCAACUGUGUUUGCUCCAUCCGCUGGAGGGAGGAGUCUGCCAAUCAGGACAACCAAGGUGGGGCGGGUAGAGGGGAGGACGACAUGGUGAGGACUCGCUGCACGUGCUCUGAAAAUAAGACUCGUGGUGGCCAUGGCCUGCCAGUGGGAGGAGACAGCCAUAGAUCAGAACGUCACAGCCCAGAGCAGAGAGCAGGAGGAGAUGAGAUGGAGGACAUGCACUCCAACGCUCCACCCAGGACUCAGGGCUCAACUGAGGGGCAAAGUGAGAAGACUGCAGGCCACCAGCAUGGAUCAUCACACAGAAGCCCUACAGACGAGUUUCCCAGGAGACCGGUCACUCGUGCCCGCAGCAGACUUUUCUCUGUGCCCCUGGUUUGUGAGUCAGAACUACCCAAAGCUAAGCCUCGGGUUGCAGUGAAGAGGAAACAUAUGGCAGACAAGUCCACCAGCACCAGUGACCCUGUGACUGAAGAUGACCAUGUGCAGGUGCUCAGCCUUAAAUCUAAAAACCUGGUGGGAAUCACACUUACAAAUUGUGGCAUCACAGAUCUGGUCCUUAAGGAGUGCCCCAAAAUGAUGUUUGUCCAUGCAACACGCUGUAGGGUGCUGAAACACUUGGUGGUUGAAAGUGCCCCCAUAGUAAACCGCUUUGAUUAUGCACAAUGUAAGAAGUUGGACAUGGAGCAGGUGCUUGACCAGAUCUUACGCAUGCCGCCGGAGAGAAACCGCAUCAUCUACAUGAGGCCUAUGCAGCAGAUUGAUUCUCUGGCUCUGGAAAAAAAGCUCUUCAGUGGACCAUAUCCAUACCAUAUUGCUAUUAUCCAUGAGUUCAGCAACCCACCCAAUGCCAGGAACAAAGUGCGCGUACGUAGCUGGAUGGACACCAUUGCCAACAUUAGCCAAGAACUCAUCAAGUAUGAAUUCUUUCUGGAGGCCACACGGACGGAAGAGGAUGUAAAGAAGUAUCCCAGCUAUCCCUGGGGCAGAGACAUCUACACUUUAGAGGGAGUAAUAGAUGGGGCGCCGUAUUCGAUGAUCACAGAUUUCCCGUGGCUUCGCUCGUUACGCACAGCAGAGCCCAACAGUUAUGCCCGAUAUGACUUUGAGGAUGAUGAAAGUACCACUAUCUAUGCGCCGCGGCGUAAGGGACAGCUCUCGGCCGACAUCUGCAUGGAGACCAUCGGUGAGGAGAUCUCGGAGCGACGGCAGACACGUAGGGGUGUUUUCCAGCGUGUGGUGGUCGUCUUCAUCCACUACUGCGACGUUCGGGGGGAGCCGGUGGAUGACGACUACAUCUAGAACAGUCACUGCUCAGCCGGAGGGCCUGGAGAUGCAGGAGAGAAGUGUGGAGAGCUCUUCAACUCUCUGCCAGGCUCUGGCCACCUCUGUGCGAGAACAGAGAGGCAUCUUAAACGCAGCUUCAGUGUGGAAUACUAAGGCAUUUCCAGUUGCCUUUAUCUCUGAGUUGACUUGAAACAGAGAGUGAUCGCUUUCAAUCAGCCAUUGUCUUUUUUGUGAGUUCAUUCUAGACUAAUGAACUGAAGAGUAAUGGUGUCACCAGGCUGCUUUGCUUGUGUUCAUUACAUGAGAGCUGAAUGGCAGCCCUUCCAUUAAGCGGCAGCACACUUACAGUAAAGGGGGUGAUAGUGUCAGCAGUUGCUUUGUUGCGCAUGAAAAAAGACGUGGAGAGCCUUGACAGGUGGCAUAUGAAAUCACUUGUUUGAUUUUUGGUGGAGACGGAAAUAUAAUUCUUGGUAGAUUCUUGGUAGGCAAUAGAGUUUUGUUUUUUGCACCUCAUACGUUUUGAGAGACCUUUGUUUUAAUAAUUUCAUAUUUUAUUUUUGUUUUUCUCUCACCUUUACCCCAGACGUUGGCUUAUGUGUUUUUCACUAUUAACGGUGCUGUAAGUCAGUUUAACCCAGAACCUGGUGAAGAGAUUAAAUGUUUCUUGGCCCAUGCGAGGAACGUGGCAGAAUCGGUGAAUAAAUGUGGCUUGUUUUCCUCCCUGUGGUCUUCAUAGAGCUAAAAAAGAAAAAGAAAAAAAAGUGGAACAAAAAACAGCUGAGAGUAUUUUAUGCA